AUGGCCGCCCAAUUAGUCGCCUUACCGGCGAUUGAACGUCUCAGCCCCAGAGUCAUUCGCAUCUUGGGGGGCAAUCCGGGCAAAUUUACGUUACAAGGCACAAACACCUAUCUGAUUGGCACUGGCCGCCGCCGCAUCCUUAUUGACACUGGCGAGGGCCGGAGGGCCUGGCUGGACGACCUCAAGGCCACACUCGAGAAAGAGAAUGCGAUUGUUGAGAGUGCCCUUAUCUCUCACUGGCACUAUGACCAUGUCAACGGGAUUGAAGACCUCCGGGGUCUCUCGCCGGGUGUUCGCAUCUAUAAGAAUGAACCGGGCAAAGAUCAGUUGGCCAUUGAGGAUGGCCAAACCUUUGAGACAGAAGGGGCCACUUUGACGGCUUCGCAUACACCGGGUCACACUACCGACCACAUGACGUUCUGGCUGGCCGAGGAAGGUUCCAUGUUCACGGCGGACAACGUGCUCGGUCAGGGCACGGCUGUAUUUGAGAAUCUGGGAGUAUAUCUUUCAAGCUUGGACAAGAUGCGGAGUAUCUUCAAAACAAAGGGGAGGGCAUAUCCCGGUCAUGGACCCGUGUUGGAGGACGGUCUUUCGAAAAUUGUCGAGUAUAUCGAGCAUCGAAAACAGAGAGAGGAACAGGUUGUACGGACUCUCCGGACGCAGAAGGAUGAGGGAGGCGUUGCUUGGACUGCGAUGGAAAUAGUCAAAGUCGUUUACGCUGAUGUCAGGGAGGAUCUCCACCCCGCCGCCUGCGGAGGAGUAGUUCAGAUUUUGGAGAAGCUUAAGGUGGAAGGAAAGGUGGAACAGGGAGGAGAGAGUCAAUGGCAGCUUACAAGACACUCCCCAAGUCUAUAA